GUCAUCAAAUAUCAUUUUGUUAAUGGUAAUUAUCCCUUUGGUGAUUUCGCUACCAACAUUGGCUGCAAUAAUUGUCAUGUGGUCCCCUUGUACUCCCCCAGUUAUCACUAUGGCACUUACCAGCUGCAAAUCUUGGUCCGAUGAUGGGGACGUAUCCUGGGUGGAGAAGGGUGUCUUAUCUGUUGUCGAAUUCUAUGCCUGGGCUGGAUCAUCUGGUGCUGUCAUAUUCCUCAUCUGGGGCUGCGUAUUGUACCCCGUGAUAAUUGUGGAAGCGUGGGUCAAUCGUCUUUCCAGAAAAAUGAGAUUCAGAGCAUCCAUUUUUAUCCAGUAUCGACUAUGCCAGUACAUGUCGGGAUUGUGGAAUUUUGUUCUGAGGACACCAUGCAUGCCGAUUUGUGUUGCUGGAACCAUAUUUUGUCAAGUGAUCUCAUUAUAUAUCGUCAUCGGAUCGAACAAUCUGCCAAUCAUGAUCAUCAUGGGUGCCGGGGUUUUGGGGGUGGACAUGUUUAUCUUGAUUCAUGUCGUGUUUCGAAUUUUCUCCAUCCCGUACUUGGUUUCUACGGAGUUUCUGAAGAGCAAAUUUAUUAAUUCGAGAAGUAAGUGGCUAAAGAGGUUUUUUAAUUCAUGUGCGCCCUUGAAGGUUUCGGGGGGCAAUGGGAUUUUCUUUGAUAGGAUGACGUCAUUGGAAAUUUGGAAAGUUUGUGUCGACCAAUUGGUCACGUUAUUGUUGAUGUAAAUGAGAAUUUUUGAUUUAUUCUUUCUAUAACUAAUUUUCCUAGUGCUUGGUUAUAAAAUUUCAAUUUUGAGUAAUCAAGUUUAAAUUAGAGAAGAAAGAAUAUUAACUAUAAAUAUUUCAAGUACAAUAUUUGUAACUUCAAAAUGGGUAUCAGCAUGGGAAAUAAAAUUGGAUCAAUAAAAUAA